AUGAGCACAGACGCCCCGUUGCAGAAACUUCACGAGGUUCUAUUCGAAGAAGGGCUUAAAGUCCGCCGAGAGGUCGUUGGAAAUUCCUAUGUCGAUAGAUCUCUCUCGAAUGGCUCCAGUGACUUCGCAAAGCCUGGUCAGCAGCUCGUAACAGAGUGGUGUUGGGGUCAUGUGUGGACAAGACCCGGCUUAGAACGAUCCCAGCGAAGUCUUCUGAGAUAG